AGCUGGCAGCAUCCAUACAUUACAUGUAUAUACAUAUACAGUUGAUGCCCUUUAUUCUUCAAUAUCCCCUCUCUCUGUUUUCAGUUUUCACAAACUCCAACCAAAAAACAAUGGAACCAUUACUACGGAGCAAGUACACUAGCUUGUGUUUUCUCCUCCUCCUUCUUCUUCUUCUUCCUCUUGUUAUUCCUUCGUUUUCAGGAAUAUCGGGUGUUGAAGCUUACAAGAAUUAUACAGUGGGUGACUCUUCCGGUUGGUAUGAAUCUGUGAACUAUCAGAAAUGGGUUGCCGCCAAGACAUUCAGCUUGGGAGAUUUUCUCAACAGGACGUUUUAUAGGUUGUGCAACUGGACAGCCUUAUUAUUUCUCCACUGCCAUUGGUAAUCUAGAGCUGACGCAUGUACAUAGUUUUUAAUACGGACACCAACCACUCAGUUGUGCAAACAUAUAACUUGACGACAUACAAGCUGUGCGAUUACGACGAUGCUCUAGAAAACGACACAAUGCAAUGGUCGGCAGCUGACCCGUCAAACACGGCAGUACGCGAGGUGUCAGUGGCAGUGCCUUUGGUAAAACAAGGGAUGAACUAUUUCUUUUCAGGGGAUUAUGAUGGCGGCCAAUGCAAGAACGGGCAGCACUUUAAGAUCAGCGUCACUCACGGACAAGGGUUGCCAAAGAGUUUACAAAGCCCAACCACACCCACACAGGACCAGUCCCCAGGUCCAGCAACAGCAAGCAGUCCCGGCGGGUCCCCAUCUCCAGGUGGUGACGGCAGUGAUGAUGGUUCUGUCCCGGAUACACUUGUUCCUGCCAGUUUCGACCAUCCCAAAGCGGAUGACACUGCCACUGGCGAUCAUGAUAAAGAUUCAUCUGGAUCACUUUGUGUGAAGCACAAUCACGGGAUGCUAUUUAGGGUUUUCAUGUUGUUAGGGUUUCUCUACUGCUGCCUUUGGUGAUUUGCUAGCUGAUAAUUUAUUCCUAGUUUUUAUAUAUCUUUGAGACUUUGAAUAUUCAUUUUUACUUAUCGGUUGAUUUCCGCUGUGUGUGUACACUGUGUACUGUGCGUGCUUUCUUUUGUUUUUGGUUUAUUUUUAUUUUUAUUGUACGUUAACAAGCUGAAUAUACUAGAUCUGGAGCGUGUAAAAGUUAAAAAGAGUGUGACAACGAUAUUCUUUUAAUAAAAUAUGAAGCAAUGUUGGUUCCGUAUUAA